AUGGCAGAUUCCACCAAGAAGUUUCCUCUGUCCCACACAGUGAAGGGAAGUAUCCGCCAAAGGGAUCCUAGGGUUUUUGUGAAGCCCUCAGUCUCCUCAAGGAAGGAGAGCGCCAUGGCUUCAUCUAACCUCARGAGCAAGAAGGGCGGACAGASUCAAAUCAAGCCUGUUAAGGCCACUUUUGGAUGUCCCUCUGAGGUAGAUGAGCAGCUCAAGAACAAGGAGCUCAUCAGGGCUGUUAAAAGUAUCCUGAGCAGCCUGACUCCUGAAACGUUCCACUCCUCAGUGGGRCAGCUGAAGAAACUGUGGCUGAACACAGUGGAGGAAUUGCAAGAAGUCGUCAACCUCCUCUUUGAGAGUGCCGUWAUGGGUGACUCUGCAAAGCUCUAUGCCAGGAUGUGCAGCAGCCUCCCAAAGGUCCAGUUCCAACCCACAGUUGACUCAACAGCUUCUGUCAACUUCACUGUUUUGCUCGCCAGACGCUGCCGCGCAGAGUACGAAGACAUCUUUGGCAAAGGUAACACUGAUGAGAAGAGUGAGAGGGGAUUGGAGCAGAUGAAGAAAGAGCUGGAUGACGCCUCACUUCGUCGCUCCAUUGGUACAAUCCAAUUUAUCGGGGAGCUCUUUCUCGCUCGCAUUUUGAGCGAGGCUGCAAUGCACAGCUGCAUCGAGGGUCUCCUGAAGAACCAAGAUGAACAGUCUCUUGAGUGCCUGUGUGAGCUCCUCCAGAUUAUCGGCAUGAAUCUGGAGACAGUAACUCCCGAGAAGGUCAUGAACACACACUAUGACCAGAUGGAUGUUAUUGCCAAGGAUGAAAAGACAUCCUCCAGGAUUUCUCUGAUGCUGAAGACAGCAACAGACCCCAAGAGAAAAUUCCUCGGGCUGACUGGCGGCAGAGUUCCUAAGACAGAGGAUAAAGCAUCAGUCUCCACUCCCCAAGAGAAGGAAAAGUUCCACCUAAUGCCACGACCAAGGAAGCCCACUGACUAUAGGCCUGUUGCGUGCGACAGUGAAACCUUUUCAGAGAUGGUAAUUGUCAAUUUUCUUACAAAUGGCAACUUAGAAGAAGCCAUGAGCUGUGUGGCAGAGCAAAUGAGCCCCUCACUCCUCCAUGUGUUUGUCUGCUCUGCUGUGGACUUCACGUUUGAGAGCAGCAGUGACUCUCGGAGGAAGAUGGGCCUGUUGCUGCGGCGGCUGCAUGAAGCAGGAGUCCUGCCAGCGGAGCAGAUCGUGAAAGGGCUGCAGGACAUAGUGGAGACGGCUGUCUACAUUGAGGCAGAGGUGCCAAACAUCUGGCGCUGCCUCGCUGAGAACUAG